ACAUAAAUGCAGUAAAUCAGAACAUCCAAUCCUAUCAUAAAUGUCCCCAAAAAUGAAAAGUCACAUCAAAAUCAAAUUAAUUAGUUGCAGCUGACAAAACUUUGCUUCACUGAUCCAAACUCAAACUGGCCCAACCAACCCAAUCACCACCAACCAAACCCAACACUUUAAAUCAAACCUUAAACAAUCCAUUGCUUCUCCAGAACUCAUAGAAAUGUCAUCUCUCACUAAAUCCCCCAAUUUGCCGUCCUCACCGCCUUCUCUCAUCGCCGACGAAACCUCCGACGCCGAGCGCCGCCUCCGUGAUGCGGAGGAGCGGUUACGGGAUGCUAUAGAGGAGCUCCAACGCCGUCAGCGCGGCCAAUAUCCACCGUGCGAUCAUCCACCUGAUGAAUCGUGUGUUGCGCAUGCAAUUGGCAAUCUUUGCCAAAGCUUUCUUCUCUCUUACGGAGUUAGAGUUGGCGUCGGGAUUUUACUUCGCGCUUUUAAGCUUGCUAAAGGACAGUCUUACUCUUCAAUUCUCGAUCUCAAGCAACUUGUAUCGGAGAAGGAUUUGAUAGUGAGAGAAGAAGCAUGUCGUGUUGGUUUAUUAUUUGGGGGAUUUACAGGGUCUUAUCAUGCAAUUAGAUGUUUGAUGAGAAAAAUUAGACGAAAAGAGACGCCUUUUAAUGCAAUUUUAGCAGGUUCGGUUGCAGGGUUAUCUGUUUUAGCUUUAGAUGAUCCUAACCGGAGGCGAACUCUUGCUCUUUAUCUUUUAGCUAGGCUUGCUCAGUGUUCUUAUAAUUCUGCAAAAUCUAAGAACAAGUUUCACCUUUGGGGAAGUCAUUGGAGACAUGGUGAUUCGUUGUUGUUUGCUUAUGCAUGUGCUCAGGUUAUGUAUUCAUUUGUAAUGCGUCCUGAGAGCUUGCCAAAAUCAUAUCACGAUUUCAUUCAGAAAACUGGGCCAGUUUCUCAGCCUGUAUACAAGGCUGUGAGAGAUAGCUGCAGAGGUGCCCCAGUGGAUGUUGCAUCACUAUCAGCCUAUUUAUCUAGCAGAGGGAAACUUAAAUCAACAAAGCUUGAAGAGUUCCCCUCUAUUAUUCCUUGUUCUGUUAUUCAUCCAAACACAGACUCGUGCUUAACUCAUAAUGCUAAUGCUGCAUCAGCUACAUUCAGGAAAACCUUUCCACUUUACUUCUCAUUGACGUUUGUACCAUAUGUUGUUCUGCACCUGCAGAAGUUCAUGGAAUCACCUGCUCGCACAUGUUGGCUCGCUCUUAGAGAUUCUAUUCGCUCAACCACAUUCUUGUCUGCAUUUGUUGGAAUUUUUCAGGGGGUUAUAUGUCUGCAUAGAAAAGUGGCAACAGUAGACCACAAGCUUGUAUAUUGGAUUGCAGGAGGAAUAUCAGCACUCUCAGUUCUACUGGAGAAAAAAUCUAGACGUGCUGAACUUGCCUUGUAUGUUCUACCGCGAUCUGGAGAUUCAUUAUGGUAUAUAUUAGUUAACCGGCACUUGGUUCCAAAUAUCAAGAAUGCAGAGGUGGCCAUAUUUUGCGCUUGCAUGGGAGGAAUAAUGUACUACUUAGAACAUGAGCCGGACACCAUGGCUCCAUUCCUCAGGGGUCUGAUCCGCCGUUUCCUCGCCAGCAGAAUAAGCAACCCGAGCCCUCCCAGUCGAGCUGCUUCCUAUACAUACUUGCAGGCACUUGAUGCCAUGAAAUCGCCAAAGCCACAAGAGAGCAGGGAAGCUGCGAAGACUGCAUCAUCUCAGAAAUAUAAUCUUGAAUCCAUUCCGGGGCUGUAAGUGUAUUUUGGUGGAUCGUAUGUUACUCUACGCAAUCCGCCAUAAUCAUUCUUUUACAAUUCAAUUUAAAAAUCAUUUGUUAGAUGGCAGAGGGUUUCUGCUUACUUCAGUAGAAUCAACCACUAUGAGAUGAAUAAUAUCUCAUUCUUUAGAUUUGUGUCCCGUGCAAAUGUGUUGAGAGGGAUUAGGAUUUAUUUCAUCUUGAAUACUCGAGGAAGUAUUCCCCACCGGAACAGGUUUAAGAGAAGACGACUGAAGGUUUUCAGUGAAAUAAUGAUAGGUGUAGCUAUUUUAGAUUGCCAUUUUUCUUGUAAAAAUGAUUCCCUCAAGUAAUAUUCUUCGACUGUUGGCUUA